GAUGUUCAUGAUAUGCUUAAAUGCGAUGAUAAUGAUACAGGUGAUGUGGAGCCUCGGCUGACAGGAGUAGCACUAGCGAAAAUAGUUGAAACUCUCUGUAUAAAAUUUAAUUUAGAUAUAACAUGGUGUGUGGGUAUUGGGACAGACAGCUGCUCGGUUAUGGCUUCAGAGACACAGGAGGCUGUAAAAGAGUUAUCAAAAAAGCUGUACAUGCCAAACGUUGCUCAUGCAGCAAUCAUGUUCUUAAUAACUCGUUAGCUAUGUCAUCCAAAGUAACUUCUUGCCGUAAUACUUCAAGCACAAUGAGAAAAGUUGUAGCAUUUGCCAAUGCUUCCGCAAAGAGGCAUCAAAUUUUUGAAAGAGAGCUACAAUGCAGGGUAUCUGGCCAUCUACAGUUUCAAGGUGACAGCUUAGUAAAAAUUUGUAGCACUCUAGAAAAGAUUUCUACUUGGCAAGACAACAAUACUACUAAUGACACGCAUUGCUUGUUGCAAACAUUGCGCAGUUCGGACUUUAUAAUAUCAUCUAUUUGCUUGAGUGAUGUUUUAGGUACAACUGUAUCCUUAAGCAGAGUAUUACAAACGAGCUCGAUUGAUUUAAAGAGGGCUACAGAGGCUAUAAACGACACAAUAAGUGUUCUGAGACAAAAAAGGGAACAAGUAAACACAGUGUUUCAACAACUUUUUGAUGAAGCAGAAGAAUUAGCCGAACAACUUGACGUUGAAAUAAAAUGCCCCAGAUUAGUGUCAAGACAAGUACAUAGAGCUAAUAAUCAACCAGCUCAAUCAGCCGAGGAGUAUUUUCGCAGAAGCGUCUACAUCCCUCUUCUGGACUCCAUAAUAAAUGAUCUGCAAGAGCGGUUAUCUCCAGCGGUACUUGAUUUAUUCCAACUUGGCGUGUUCAUUCCAAAAUCUAAACAGUAG